UCGCCUCUAGAGAGGUCAGUAGUACAAACACUAUAGGAACGAGCAGCGUACGAUCGACGCAUUUCACUGCUCAGUAGAACUUGAACAACCACUGAACCGAAAGGAUGGUCCUUAGAAUUGCGCUGAUUCAGUUAAAAAUCGACAGAUCGAAGGAGAAAACGUUGAAGAAUGCCGUGGACCUUAUAAGGAUUGCUAAGAAAGAAAAAGACGCCACCGUAGUGGUACUACCGGAGAGUUUCAAUUGUCCAUACAGUGAAAAGAACUUCCAAGCGGCCGCCGAGGAAAUUCCGCUUGGACCGACCAGUCAAGCCCUGAGCAAGGCAGCACGCGAUUUUGGCGUUUACAUUGUCGGUGGGUCGAUCAUUGAAACUUGCUGUGGAAAGCUUUACAAUACGUGCACAGUUUGGAAACCGGAUGGGGAGCUGCUAGCUAGGCACCGGAAGGUACACCUGCGUGAUGUCAACGUUCCGGGAAAGUUGGUCGUAAACGAAUCGCAAGUGUUCACCCAAGGAGACUGCUAUACAACGUUCUUCGUCGGGGAAACCAAGAUUGGUUUGGGAGUGUGCUGGGAUAUGCGUUUCCCGGAGUUCGCCGCAGUGUAUCGUCAGAUGGGUUGCGAUUUGCUGAUAUAUCCUACCGUUUCUGAUGAAUUCACUGGCGAGCUGCACUGGGAGUUGCUUGCUCGCGCCCGUGCCGUAGACAAUCAGAUGUUCGUGGCAUUCUGUUCACCGGCCAGAGAUUCGCACGCCGAACUGGUUUGCCAUGGACACUCGCUGGUCGUUGACCCGUGGGGACGGGUCCUGCAGAAAGGAACCGAAUUUCAGGAAAUUAUUGUGACCGAUUUAAUGCUCGAAAGUUUGCCGGAAGCGCGCGAACAGAUACCCGUGCUGAAGCAGAAACGGGACGAUCUGUACGAACUCGUGAGGAAGAAGUGAUUGUCCGAUUGCAUCGCGUGCUAUCUUAAUGACAACUGAGAGUGAAAGUCCUAGGACUAGGUCUACGAUUAAUGUGAUAAUAAAGACUUUUUUAUG